CUGGCAACAAAAUCUCGUCGAGCUUUGCCGUGAAACAACUUCUUCUCUUUCACUUGUGUGUGAGCGCCUCUUCGUUCCCUCUUGGAAGCCAGGUGUGAUUUUAUAUCAAAAUGGUGCGCAUGAACGUUUUGGCCGAUGCCUUGAAAAGCAUUAACAACGCAGAAAAGCGAGGCAAACGCCAGGUCCUCAUCCGGCCGUGCUCCAAAGUUAUCGUGAAGUUUUUGACGGUCAUGAUGAAACAUGGUUACAUCGGUGAAUUCGAAAUUGUUGAUGAUCACCGUGCCGGAAAGAUUGUAGUUAAUCUGACAGGACGUCUUAACAAGUGUGGUGUCAUCUCUCCUCGUUUUGAUGUACCUAUCAGGGACAUUGAGAAAUGGUCAAAUGACUUGCUGCCUUCACGCCAGUUUGGGUAUGUUGUUAUGACCACAUCAGCCGGAAUCAUGGAUCAUGAAGAAGCAAAGAGGAAACAUGUAGGAGGAAAGAUUCUGGGAUUCUUCUUCUGAAACUGUUGGCUGCCUUGAUACACAUGAUGGUCAAUACACAUUCUGGAAGAUCA